CUGCUCUUAGAAAAACCGGUGUUUCGACCACCUAGCCCUCCCAAAGAGAAAUAUAAACCGAUCACUCUGUCAAAAUCUACAUCGCCAUUGAAAAGAAAGGAGAGUACUGAGAAGACAGAAAUGAGCACUUCACGUAGCGAAGCAAAAACGAAGCCAAUUUUGAAUAUUCGGUCAAAGUCUGAGGACAGAAAGGAGAAGAAGGCUGAAGAAAAGGAGCGGGAAAGGACGAAGAAAGGAAAACACGAUGAUCGAGCGAAUGAGCGAUUGCAGAAGAGCCCGAAGAUGCCAAUAACCGCCAGGUCGUUACGAUCGGCUGGAAAAAUGCUGGCACCGUCGUUCUUCCGGAAAGGAGAAUCGAAAAUUCCUAAGAGUUCCAAGACGACAGCAUCUCCACAAACGCUAACAGUGACAAAGACAAGAAUGUCGCUGCCCUUCAGGAAUGGCCGGCGAGCUCCAUUGGCAGAGUUCGAAUCUCUUGUGGUAGAGGAUUCACCGGCUGUCGAAAAUCAUCCGCUGACUUUUGAGAAGUGGAGCAGCAGUCCCAGAGGAAAACGAAGGUGA